AUGGCUUAUGGCUUCCUUCUCCUCCUGUUCUUCAUAUUCUCUUCCAACAUAUAUACAAAGAUUCAGGCAUGCAACCAAACUGAACACAUCUCUCUUUUAUCUUUUGCCCUCACUCUAUCUCCUCCUUUAAAUUGGACUUCCAGUAAUUGUUGCCACUGGGAGGGCAUCACCUGUAAUGACCAUGGUUUGGUCACCAAUUUAUGCUUACCCUCCAAAGGCCUCAAACUCAAAGGAGGUGUUUUCCCCUCAUCAUCACUUGGAAAUCUCACAGAUCUCACCCACUUGAAUCUCUCUCACAAUUCACUUCAUGGUUCGCUAGAUCAAACCGGAUUGUUUUUGUCCUUGAAUAAGCUUGAGAUCUUAGAUUUCAGUUAUAACCUUCUUUCUGGAGAGCUACCAUUUUCCCUACCAUCCAGUAUCCGGGUGCUGGAUUUGUCCAGCAAUCACUUCCAUGGUGCAAUUCCACCUUCUUUCUUCCAACAAGUUUGGAAUUUAACUAGUUUCAAUGUCAGAAACAACUCCUUCUCAGGUUCUAUCCCAUCCUCUAUUUGUCUAUAUUCUCCCUUGAUACAGCUAUUGGAUUUUUCCUCGAAUAAAUUUAAUGGCAGUAUUUCUCGUGGAUUGGGGAAGUGUUCGAAACUCCAGGUUUUUCGUGCUGGUUACAAUGACCUGUCUGGCUUUCUGCCAGAUGACAUCUACACAGUUUCAACACUCCAAGAGGUUGCAUUACCUCAAAAUUCACUGCAUGGAGCCAUAAGUGAAAGACUUGUCAACCUCACCAGCCUCAAAAUAUUUGACCUUACCUCUAACGACUUGAGUGGUGUACUCCCUGCAAGUAUUGGUAAGCUAUUCAAGUUGCAACUCAUGCUCCUUGAUUUCAACAAUCUAGAAGGUUCUUUGCCCCCAUCUCUGAUGAAUUGCACAAACCUUAUAGACCUACGUAUGGGAGACAACAACUUGGCAGGAGAUAUCUCAUUAUUUGAUUUCUCCAAACUUAGUCAGCUUACUAAACUUGACCUCAGGGAAAAUAACUUCUCUGGUACCUUGCCACUAAGCCUCUACUCGUGCAAAAUGCUGAAGGCAAUUCGACUGAGUAGAAACAAUCUAGAGGGAGAAAUACAGCCUGAGAUUCUAUCAUUGAAAUCCUUGUCCUUCCUUUCAGUUGGUUUUAAUAGAUUAACCAAUAUUACAAAGGCACUGCAGAUACUGAUGCAUUGCAGAAGCCUCGUAUUCUUAUCCUUUAAAUCCAGUUUUAUAGGUGAGGAAAUGCCUGCUGAUCUUGGCAUGGUAGGCAUUGAUGGAUUUGAAAAUCUUCGAAUUUUAGCUUUGAAUAACUGUGAGCUCACUGGUCAAAUACCUGUAUGGGUAUCUACGCUCAAGAAGCUAGAGGUCCUGUUUCUGUCUUUUAAUAGAAUCACAGGGUCAAUUCCUAGUUGGUUGGGAAAUCUUCCGAGGCUCUAUUAUAUCAGAUUGAGUUCCAACCUACUUUCAGGUGAAUUUCCAAAGGAUCUUUGUAGGCUGCCUAUGUUUAUAUCUAAACUGAUAGCAGCUCAAGAAGAUGAUACUGAACUUGAAUUGCCUAUCUACAUAUCCCAAGGUGCAACAUUUUUACAAUACAAAUUGUCUUACUACCCUCCAGCAAUAUACAUAAACAACAAUACCAUUAGUGGGAAUAUACCUAUUGAGAUUGGCCAAUUGCAGCUUCUCCAUGAUCUGGGACUUCACAACAACAAAUUUUCCGGCAACAUUCCAGAGCAAAUAUCCGACCUCAAGAAUUUGGAGGUAUUGGAUUUCUCCACAAAUCAUUUGUCUGGAAAAAUCCCAUCGUCAUUGGCAAGCCUUAAUUUUUUGAAAUAUUUUAAUGUUUCAAACAAUAAUCUUGAAGGACAAAUACCAAUAAGCACUCAGAUCCAAAGCUUCAAUGCUUCUGCAUUCGAGGGGAAUCCAAAACUUUGUGGUGCCCCACUUCCAAAUGAGUGCAUGCCUAUUAAUGGCAGUGGUCCAGAUAAUAAGAAUAUCCAAGAUCAUGUGGACAAUGGGCAUCAAAUUCCACAGUUUAAUCUUUCUGUUGCUCUUGGGUUCAUUGUAGGAUUUUUGGGAGUGUGUGGUCCUUUAGUGCUUAAGAAGUGGAGAGAUGCAUACUUCCAAUUCCUAGACAAUGUCAAAGAGAGACUAUGUCAUUGUAAUAGUGUGAAUAGCUAG